GCGCCACUUUCUGCAUUUGUUGUUGCUGUAAGCAUGCAAAUAUAAAUUAAGUGUUAUUCGAAUGGGUUAUGUGUUCAGAUUAUUUGAAUGCAUUUUAAGAAACACGCCGCUUAAUAAAGAAAACAAAAACCUUAUGUCUUAUAAACAUGUUCUUUUUGGAUAUGUUACUGUGUUAUUUUAUAUGACAUAAAUACACAUUAAACAUUGGAACUGGUUAAAAAGCAGCGCUAGUGUGUUUGUAUUAUUGGGGGAGGAUCAGGCUGAUGAAAGGAAAAUGGCUGCCGGGUUUAACUGGUUCCUUGUACUAAGCUCGGUUUUUUUGUGCAACCUCGUCAAAACAUUGCUGCCAUCUAUUUCUUCAUUUCUGUCAAAGAUCUUGCAGAAGGAUGCUGAUCAGGAGAUAGAGAUGAGGACGGAGAUCCAAAACAUGAAGAUGGAGCUGUCCACCAUCAGUAUGAUGGACGAGUUUGCCAGAUACGCUAGACUGGAACGCAAGAUCAACAAGAUGACUGAUCAGCUGAAGACACUGGUCAAAUCAAGAACUGCACAGCAGGCAAAAAUGAAAUGGAUUGUAAAUAUUGUAUUUUACAUUCUUCAGGCGGCCCUCAUGAUCUCGCUCAUAUUAAAGUAUUACGCCGAGCCGGUCACAGUGGUGCCCAGUAAAUGGAUAGCUCCACUGGAGAGACUAGUAGCCUUUCCUUCUGGAAUUGCAGGUGGUGUUGGAAUCACAUGUUGGCUAGUUGUCUGCAACAAGGUUGUAGCCAUCAUUCUACAUGCUGUCAGUUAAUCUAACAGUGCUACAUCAACAUGAAUAAGCAGCCAAUGAUUUUUUUCAUACAGUUUUGUUUCAAAUCCCUUGCUAAAAAACACAGUUUUCUGCAUUUUGUUCAAGAAUGGUACAAAUUGAUUGGUCUAUUUUUUUUUUAAAUGCCGUUCCGUUCAGUGGUUUAAGUCUAUUGUAAAAUUAUUUUAGCUUUCCUUGUAUACAAAUUCUUGUUUAAUACAUUUAAAGGUUUUAUUUGCAUUUAGUAAUAAAUGCUGACAUGUAAACAUUCC